AUGGAAGACCGUCAGCGAGUCGAGAAUGUGCUACAAGGAUUGCGCUCGUUUCAAAAUACCCCACUCUCCAUAAUUCGACUGGGCGAACCUCUGAGUGCUGCGCAGACUUCUAACCGUUCUUCGGAUGCAUCUUCGUCUACCCUUGAUAACCCCUCGCCAGCAUCGCUUGAGGCGGAUUUGAGCCACUACAAGGUGAUGCUGGCCGAUUUAUGCGAGAAUUUAAAUGGAGCUAAUUUCUGGAAGGAAUUGUUUUCCAAACUUCGCUUCUCUUACGUCGAACAGGUUACCAAGGAAAAGUUUCUUCGCGCCAUCGUCGGCGAUCCACCGCAAAUAGUCGAACAUGCCGAGAACGUCGAGCUUGAAGCAGAAUUAGCAUCUAUCAAAGAUGUUCUGAAACAGCAGAAGCAGCAGGUCACGGACAUGAUUACCACUCUAGAGCAACAAGGCAGAGAACUGGCAUCGAGAUGGGAGACUGUCCAGCUGCAAACAACGCUUUUGGAGAGCCUGCCAAGCCAGAUUGAUGGGUUGAAGGAGACUCUGGAGCAUUUGAGGCAGCAGAGUCAGGCUGGCGAGGAAGGCAGGUCUGACGAUCCGAAUUUGAAUCUGCCAUUGCCAGCUACACAGGCUCUGUUGGAGGAGAGGAAAGAGGAGCUCGAUGAGGUGAACAAGCAAUUGAAGACUUUGCAGCAAGCGCUACCAAGGCAGAAUAGAGCGUUGGAGCGGGAAGAGAGGGAACUAAAAGUGCUGGAGCAGGAAAGAGAGAUCGCAGUUCGGAUAGCAAGGGAGGCGGUCGAGAGGAAAAAGAGAGGUGGGGGAGCUGAUGAGCUGGAGUUGAGAGGGAGAUGGUUGAAGGGCGUGGAUACUGGAUUAAGGCAAUUGCUGGACAUACAGGUUUAA